AAUGUCAGAGGUGACAUUUCGUUGUGGGUGUUGUUUUUUUCAGUGCUUCGUUGUUUAGACAAAUUCUGAUAAUAUUAGUGAAUCAGCGUCGACAAUUUCGUUUUAAGCUAUAAUAAAGUCAAUUAAAUAUAAAACUCUGAAUUCGUAAAUAGAGAACACCAAAGUAAUAAUUAUGGCUGCCACAUUGAAGCCUUAUUUGACUGCUGUGCGUCACUCAUUAACUGCUGCUAUGUGCUUACAAGAUUUCCCUUCGCAAGUUGUCGAGCGACAUAAUAAGCCCGAGGUGGAAGUGUGUUCCAGCAAGGAAUUAGUCCUAACCCCAGUGGUUAUUUCACGCAACGAACGGGAACGUGUUCUAAUUGAGCCUUCAAUUAAUUCAGUACGUGUGAGCAUUGCCGUAAAGCAGGCGGAUGAAAUCGAGAAAAUCCUGUGCCACAAAUUUACACGUUUUAUGAUGCGACGAGCUGAAUCAUUCAUCAUUUUACGUAGGAAACCAAUUGAUGGCUAUGAUAUUAGUUUUCUCAUCACCAAUUUUCAUACCGAACAAAUGUAUAAGCACAAAUUAGUUGAUUUCGUUAUCAGCUUUAUGGAAGAAAUUGAUAAGGAAAUAAGCGAAAUGAAAUUGGCUGUAAAUGCGCGUGCACGUACCUGUGCAGAGGAAUUUCUAAAGCGUUUCUAGGAAAACAUUAUUUUAUUAAAUUAAGGAAUCAUAUUUGAAAAUCACUUUGUAUUCCAGUAAACAGUAUGUAUUGUAUGAAAAACUCAACUGAGGUGCAUGCAAAAAAA